AGGCAGUCGGUGCCUGAGGCAGCUAGAGUUUCAUCUCCUGGUUUGAGCUCAGUUUCUCAGUGUUUAUCUAUUGGCAAUUCAUCUUUGAUUGAUGGGGAAGGAUGGACCUCAGCUCUGGCAGAAUCACCUAGUGUGGUUGGAAGUAGUAGCACAGGUUCCUUUUCUGCCCCCCUAACUGUUUCCACCUCAGUUUCUGGGGCUCCAAGUGUCACAUCUGGUCUUAAUAUGGCAGUGGCAUUAGUUCAAUCUCCUUCACGAGCAUGUUCUGCUCCCCAGCUAUCAAUCAAUACUCAAAGGCGUGAGGAGCUCGCCAUUAAGCAAUCAAGGCAACUAAUACCAGUGACACCUUCAAUGCCUAAGGGUUCGGUUCCCAAUUCAGUGGAUAAAUCAAAAACAAAACCAGCAUUGAGAACAAGUGAGGUGAAUAUUGCUUUGAAGAGUGGGCUGCAGCAUCCUUCUUUUAUUCAUAAUGGUAAGCAAUCUCAUAGUGGGCACGUCAAAUCUGAUAUGCCAAAGGCAUCUGGUAAGCUUUUGGUUCUCAAACCAGGAUGGGAGAAUGGGGUCUCAUCACCUACUCAAAAAGACACUGCAAGCCCAACAGCAAUUGCAAACAGUAGAGUUAUUACUAGCCAACAUGCCAUUGCUCAUGUUUCAUCGGCUUCUGCCAGAAACUCAAACAACUCGAAGCUUUCUACUGGGGAGCGCAAGGCAGCUGCCUUGAAUCCAAUAGCUGGGUUCACUGUGGAAAAGAGGCCUUCUUUGGCUCAAACCCAGAGCCGAAAUGAUUUUUUUAAUCUCCUGAAGAAGAAGACCUCAUCAAACUCUUCUGCUGGUUCCUCGGAUUCAGACCCUCAUAUUUCAUCUUCUCCCACUGAGAAAUCUGAAGUUACAAAGGAAGUAGUUGGUGCUUUUGUGACAGCUCAUGCUAAUGAGCAUGCUAUUGCAUCAACUAGCAACCACCUUCCCACCACUCAUGAUGGAUACAUCUUGACUAGCAUCACAGCAAUUCGAUUAUUCUCUUUAAAUGCCGAAUUGAAAACUGCUAUCGACCAAAACUGGAAAUUUCAAGAACAAGUGCCCUUGUUUGCUUCUGCCAUUGUUGCCGGAAAACAGCCUCCUGAGCUUGAAAUACUUGGAAUCAUUACUUUUAUUAGUAUCGCAGCUGGUGAUCUUGGCGGUGAUCGUGUGCGGAGAAUCCGACAAUCCUGUUGCUCCUCUUCACUUGUCCCAUGCAACUGA